AUGCCAGUAGGAAGAUCCUUGGCCGAUAUGCCAUUGCCAGGUGCAGACAUGCCAGUUCCGAGAUCAUUGGCUGAUGUGCCAGUACAAAGAUCAAUGGAAGAUAUGCCACUUAAAAGAACAUGGGCAGAUAUGUCCAUACAAAGAUUGUUGGUUGAUAUGCCAGUGCGAAGCUCAUUGGUCAAUGUGCCAGUAGAAAGAAGAUUACCUGAUAUGCCAGCACGAAGAUUAUUGGUCAAUGAAAGAAUAUUGGCUGAUAUGCCAGCAGAAAGAACUCUGGCCGAUAUGCCAAUACGAAGAUCAUUGGCCGAUGAAAGAAUGUCUGAUAUGUCAUUACCGCAACGUGGAUCUUUGGCCGACAUGUCGUAUCCACAACAGCCAAUGUCUUUACAACCACGAAGAGCGCUGGCUGAUAUAUCUUUACCACCUCAAGGAUUUCCCGAUAUGUCGAUACAAAGUGAAACAUUGGCCGAUAUAUCAUUACAGCGAGGCACCUUGGCCGAUAUAUUAUCGCAACAAGGUACAUUGGCCGACAUGUCACAAAGACCAAUGGCAACAUGGAAUGAUAUGUCAUUACCACCCAUACGGAGCUGGAUGGACAUGUCAUUGCUGCCUACUGGAAUAUAGUAAAGCAAGAUAAUACAAUAUUAUGAUCUCAAUAGCUUGUUAACUAACAAUAUACAUAUCACAUAUUCGAUUUGAACAAGAUAUGACGUAUGAAGUCACAUCUGUCUGCUGGUGGUGACUACGAUAUCGAUACGAGUGCUUUUAACUAACGAGAAAGAAGAAACGAUUUUGAAGGGUGAAAAAAUUCAAGAUUCAAUUUGGGAUGUGAAAGUGCAUCGUUAUAUUCGUUUUGGAAGUGAAAUAUAGAUGUUUGUAGAUUUUAAGAGAGCACAGGAUUUAAUGUAACGCACACACUCGCUGUCUUUAUAGACACAACCGGGCCAGAGUGUAUGGUUGGAUAUGUCGACACGGUUCCGUCUGUAAGGACGGCGGAGUGAUCUAUCAAGGAAUUUCGAAAAUCGACCGUUUUCUAUUCACACUGCAAUUUUUAAUUCAAAACUGUGACUAGUGUGUUUUGCGCGCGUGUUUUAUAUAUACAGUUCCUUGUGGGCGGUGCCUGUCUGUGUGUCGGGUCUUUGUUGUGUUUAAAUUAAGGUGGAGACAGAUUGGUGUGACUUACUGAACAUAUGCGACGUAUUGUGAUAUUUUGACACGUGAUUUUUUAUGAAAACAUGCAUUAGAAAUUUAAUUAUUAUUGUAACACAAUCCAACGCGUCCCACUCUACGGGAAGGUUGAGAUGUUUGUCCGUAUUUAUCUCAAUAUUCAAAGCUAAAUAUUCAUAAAAUAUUUCAUGUAAUUGUAUAGUAAAGACAUGAAUUUUUUUAUGAAUAUUUUGCUCCACAUUCCCAUCUUGGACAUUGGAACUUGACGUCGCGUGAGAUGUGGGAUUGCCUUGCAAACGAUGAGUUCGUUUCUAAUCAAUAUGUUUUCAUAUAAAAUCAAGGAUCCAGACGUCACAAUGCGUUGUAUACGUUGCAUAUGUCAGCUCAAUAUGUCUUCACCUUAAAUGUUUAUAGUUAAAAAAAAUAUUUCUGUACAAAUUAGGAGGGUGAAUUUAGUUUUCACGAGCACGCGACCUGCGAUUUUUUUUUUAAUUCGUGUGAGAAUUUCAGAGUGGUUUUUAUCUUAAAUUAAUUAAUUAAAUAAUUAAUCGUCUAUAUAUAUUUCGUGUAGCGAACGAAAAUGCUCGCAUACUAAUUUGUAUAAUAGGAUUAAUUAAUUAUAAUUAUUAAUCAUGCAUUAUACAUAAUUAUAUUUUUUUCAAUUAAUUAACAAUAAAACCACGUGUUUAUUUCUUUGUAUACGUUGAGUAUGCGGUAGAAUUAAUAAAUAAUAAAAUAUAAGAACGAAAGGUUUAUAUGAACUUGUAUAGAUAUUGAUUGUAAAUUAAUUUUUAAGAUUAUGAUUUUGCUGAGGAAGCCAAGUGUAGGGGUUGCAUUUACUAAUAUUUUAUUCGUAGACUAGAGUUUCUACCAAAUCAUUAAAAUGGGGAGUUUUUUUUAAUAUAAGGGUCAGUGCAGACCGAAUUGUAAACUUAUCUCGCAUAUCGAGCACGAUAAAUUAAUAGGGUCCUUAUUCAGUUCCAAUAGAGUUGUAAAUAUAAUGAAAGAUAAAAUUCGCUCUUUUCGCCGUUUUCUUGUCUAAGGGUUCGUGUUUUUUCCACCAAUCAGAUUACUGAGAAAUGACGCGAUAUCACGUGAUUGGCGUAUCACGACGUUACGAUAACCUGAUUGGUUCAUCAACGCGUCUCAGUGGGAAUGCAUUCUAAUUACAAUGAAUUAAGGCUGAGAUUUAUAGAGCGUACUUUGACUUAGUCCUAGCUUAGAUUUAAGACACUGUUGAAACGAGACAGCGUUAAAUCACUGGCAUAAAUCUGUCUCGUUUUAACUGAAACUAAAGUCUGAGUAAAGUCAAAGUACGCGCUAUAGAUCUGAGACUUAGAGAACGCAUUCGCCAUAUUUGCUCAAUGUGUCAAUUGUCAUCACAAAACACAGCUUAAGCACUAAAAUUCAUAUAGCAAUAAAAGUCAUAACUUUUGACAUGAUGGUUGACACACAGAGCAAAUAUAGUGAGUGCCUUCUCAUAAUGUAAUUCACUAUAUAUUUUAUCUUUCCUAUCCUUUCUAUUAAUUGAAUUCUGUAAAGGUGAUAUUUAGCUAUCUGUA